CUUAUGACCGUAUUUCUUCUGUACAAGCACCGAAGAAAGGUCUUCAUUUCAUCGUCUUUCCCAGCUUUCUGUACACUCUCUUUCACACUACUUCUAACCUCACCCUAUGGAGCCCCAUAUCUGUUCUGUGGGUUUCGCUUCCUUGGACUAAUAAUGGCUAUUGAGGCUUCCCCUUCUCCUCCUCUUUGCUGUUCUGGUUAGUGCCGUUGUUUUUCCUCUGCGAUAUUUACCAGUGCUCCAAGGGGUGUUCAUGGUUUUUCCAUUUUAUUGUCUGGUUCCUCUUCAUUUGCUUACUCUUGAGCUCUAAUUGGUCUAGUUAGUUGCAGAUUGGAGGGCUCUAUUAAUGGGUAUUAAUGGGGGUUUUUUUUUUUUUCUUAAAUAAGUAGUUCUCCGGCUAUGCUUCACUCUGUUUAACCCAACCCCCUUAUAUCUUGGGUCUGGAUUUCGUCUACCUUAUUCCCCAGAAUCCUGUUUUUUUUUUUUUUUUUCUUUUCUUUUGUGUGUGUCUGAGUCUUAUUGAUUCAAAAAGCCAGUUCGGCCUUUCUUGUUUCCUUUGCAAAACAUUGCUUUGUCUGCAUUUACCAACAUUACUUUGCGUGUAUUGUUCACUUGAAUCUUGACAAUUGCAAUAUUGAAUUGUGGUUUUUCUAUAUCUUCUUUUUAAGCUGUUAUUUCCCCUGAACUUCUUUUGUCUGAACCCAAAGUUCCAUAAUUAUCGUCUCAAAUGCCUCCAUCCUACUUUCCUCUGCGGUGGGAGAGCACCGGAAACCAGUGGUGGUAUGCGUCUCCCAUUGACUGGGCCGCUGCUAAUGGCCAUUACGAUCUGGUCAGGGAGCUCCUCCACAUUGACCCCAACCUACUCAUCAAGCUCACCUCCCUCAGGCGAAUCCGCCGGCUUGAGACCGUCUGGGACGACGAGGCUCAGUUCAAAGACGUCGCAAAAUGCCGCUCUCAGGUUGCCCGGAAGCUUCUACUUGAGUGUGAAAGUAAGAGAGGGAGCAACUCUCUCAUACGAGCUGGCUACGGUGGAUGGCUUUUGUAUACCGCUGCCUCGGCUGGGGAUGUGACUUUUGUCCAGGAACUGCUCGACAGAGAUCCUCUCCUUGUGUUCGGGGAAGGAGAAUAUGGUGUUACUGAUAUAUUUUACGCUGCUGCCAGAAGUAAGAAUUCUGAGGUCUUCAGGCUCCUAUUUGAUUUCUCAGUAUCACCAAGGUGUUUGAUGAGCAGCGGAGGAGUUUUAGAAGAACAACCAGCCGGACCUCCUCCCGUUUUUAGGUCAGAAAUGGUCAGCAGAGCUGUUCAUGCUGCGGCUAGAGGAGGGAAUUUAGAGAUUCUGAAGGAUCUUCUAGGGGACUGCACUGAUAUUUUGGUCUACAGGGAUGCUCAGGGCUCUACCGUCUUGCACGCAGCCGCCGGAAGAGGACAGGUUGAGGUAGUCAAGGAUCUGGUGGCGUCCUUCGAUAUAAUUACCUCCACAGACAAUCAAGGGAACACAGCAUUACAUUUGGCUUCUUACAGGGGCCACUUGCCUGUGGUAGAGGCUCUAAUUAUUGCAUCUCCCUCUUCCAUCUCUUUAACAAAUAAUGGAGGAGAUACUUUCCUCCAUAUGGCUGUAUCCGGUUUCAGAAUGCCUGGUUUCCGAAGAUUGGACCAACAGAUUGAGCUCAUGAAGCAAUUGAUUUGCGGAAAGAUUGCAAACAUUCAAGAUGUCAUCAACAUCAGAAACAAUGAUGGAAGAACAGCUCUUCAUAUGGCUGUGCUUGGGAAUAUUCAUUCUAACCUUGUGGAACUCUUAAUAACCGCACCAUCAAUCAAUCUAAACAUCUGUGACAUAGAUGGCAUGACCUCACUUGAUCUACUUAGCCAACGGCCACAAUCUGCUUCCUCGGAGUUAUUGAUCAAACAGUUGAUUUCUGCUGGUGGGGUCUCUAGUUGUCAAGGUUGUAUGGCGAGAAGUUCCAUUGUUUCUCACCAAAAAAUGCAAGGUAUUGGAGGCAGUCCUGGAACUUCUUUUAGAGUCACCGAUGCAGAGAUAUUCUUGUAUACAGGAAUCGAGAAUGCAUCAGAUGCUGGUGAUCAGAUCAGUGAAACAUGCUCAAGUGAACUGAGUAACUUGGAUUCAGUUGAUGGGAAUCAUAGCACUUUGGAUGGUAAAAAACAAAGCUCAGUAAAUUAUGCAAAGAGACGCCUGAAAAUUCUACUUCGAUGGCCUGGCCGGAAAGAGAAGAAAUCUGAAGGUUCCAAGAAGUUGGGAGAUGACGACCCAAUGGCAUCCUAUAGAAAAUGGAGCGAUUUAGAAGAGAUUCCGACUCCACUCAGGCAGCAAUUCUCAAAACCAUCAUCACUUCCAAACAAUAAAAGGGUUCUGCCCGUCAUAAGCAAUCUUCCAAGUCCAUCCACCAAGAAGAAGUUUGCAGCAGGGCUAAUGCAUGGUGUUAUUCAGGCCUUUCCAUAUAUAACUAAAUCAGACCGAUCACCUUCAAGUUCUUUCUCGAUAUCGACAAGGUCUUCACCUAUUUCAUUGGAUAGACAAAAGGGCAUUCAUUCUAGAAACGAGAGUGCAGGUCCCUCUUGCUCAAACCAAUCCUUGGAUGAUGAUGGAACACUGAACAUGAACCAAAAGCCAGCCUCGGUUAAUAAGAAGCUAAUGAACCAUUAUUUCUGUUUUGGUGCACAAGACCUAGCACUGGAAGACCCUGUUAACGCUCUUGGGUCAAAUCAGGGUCACAAGCGAUCAUUGCUAUCAAUUGCUUGAUGAAAAUUUAGAAGAAGAUACAAGAUGUGGAGGUAUUGAGGAAUGAAGCAAAGUUCUUACUUCUUACACAGACUAAGAGUUUACCCUGUUGUGCAUUUAAGAUAUGUAAUGCCAAUAACUAUUCCUUAGAUACUGGAUUUAAGUUAGUUGUGUGCUUGUAUAAAGUAAGCUACUUUCUUUCUCUCUAAUUGUAACUCUGAAUCAUGCUCAAGAAAUAUUAGGAGACGACUGGUGUAGAAUGUUGAACUUAUCUUGUUAUUGGUCUAAAAUCUGAACAAAGCUUUUUUUUUUGUUUUUCU